AUAUCAUUGAGUUGAGAAGGAGUGAAUUUGCAUCAAUGGCUUCUCAAGGCAACAAUGUUGAUGAUCUUGAAGCUGGUAAUUAUGUGGAUGAAGAAGAUUUCAGCAAAUACAAACUUCGGGGUACAGUGAAUGGGAAAUGGAAGGAAGAUAAAAAGUUCAUGGAGUAUAACAAUGUUGAAGAUAUUGAAGCAGGUAAGGAUGUGGGUGAAGAAGAUUUCAGCAAAUGCUUGACACUGUACCAAGCCACAGUGCAUGGGAAAUGGGGGGAAGCUCAAAAAUUCUUGGAGGAUAACAAUAACCGUGCAAUCCUCAUAGCUCCUAUCAACUCCCAGAAAAACACUGCAUUGCAUGAUGCUGCUAAAACAGGUAAUAAGGUUUUUGUGGAAAAGCUUGUGGCAAUGAUGGCCGCCAUGGGAGAUGAUAAUAAAGAGCUUGGCGUGGUGAAGAACCGAGAUGGGAUGACGGCGCUCCACCUCGCCGCCCGGUUUGGGAACAGGGAGGUGGCUGAAAUCCUUGUUGGGAAGAACCCUAAUCUCCUCUAUCAAAGGUGCAACAGCGGUCUUCUCCCCAUCCAUUACGCAGCUUGCAAUACUCGGAGAAGCCUGGAGGUGUUUCGCUAUUUCUGGGGUGUCACUAAGGACGAUGAAGAUACGGAAGUUAAUCCAUAUGCAGGCCCAACUGGUGCCACCAUCCUUGUUAACUUAAUCAAGUCUAAAUUCUAUGUGGUGGCAAAGGAGUUGGCUGAUAAAUACCCUGCUUUGACUUGUCAUCGGACACUAGACAAGGAAACAUCUCCUUUGGAGGCCAUAGUCAAAUACGAUUAUCCUAUCUUCAACAAAACUAGUCUAAGUUUUUGGCAAACUUCAAUAAAACAUGCGUUGUUGUCGAAGAAAAGUAUAAAGGAAAAAAUGUUGAAGCACGAAGAAGCAGUGAAGCUUGUAAAAUGCUUGUGCGAUAAACUCAAAACCCUAAAUGGCACACAAGUUGCCUCACUCGCAAAAGAAGCAAUAAUUCAAGCAGCAUACUUGGACAUUGAAGAGGUGGUUGAAAACAUUGUGGAAGCAUAUCCUGCCACGGCUUAUUACAAAGACAAAAAUGGGCGAAAUAUACUUCACAUUGCAGUAGAGAAUCGCAGCAUAAACGUUUAUAACCUUAUUUGUGGAACCAAUGUGCUUAAGCAUGAUUUAGUGGAUGAAAAAGACAACAAUGGAAACACCAUUGUGCAUUUGGCUGGGAAAUUGGCACCUUCACACAAACUCAACUCGAACCGCGGCAUCGUUUCUGGGGCAGCUCUACAAAUGCAGCGGGAGAUGCGAUGGUUUAAGGGAGUGAAAAAGACUGCACCACCAUAUUUCUCAUCACUGAGAAAUAAAGAUGAGAAAACACCAAAGAUGGUGUUCACGGAUGAGCAUAAGGACCUGAAAAAGGAAGGAGAGAAAUGGAUGAAGGAAACAGCAACUGCAUGCUCCAUUGUAGCAGCGCUGAUUGUUACUGUGGUGUUUGCCGCUGCUAUUACAGUCCCCGGCGGCAACAGUGAUGGUGGCUUUAACGCUACAAUUACAGUUCCACGGCUCAACAAUGGCAGUGGCUUUAGCGGUACAAUUGCUACCGUGAAUAAUAACAAUAAUAAUGCUUCAAGUAAUGGCACAAUUAUAGAUUCCAUUGAAAAAACCCCCGAUGAGGGCCUCCCCAUCUUCUCCAGAAAGGAUGCUUUCAGAAGCUUUUAUGUCUUCAAUAGUGUCUCUCUCUUUACGGCCGUUCCUUCUCUCUUGCUCUUCUUGUCCAUCCUAACUUCGCGCUAUGCCGAAGAAGAUUUCCUGCACCGUCUUCCCUUGAAGCUAAUCGCGGGCAUCAUCACUUUGCUGGCUUCGGUUAUCUUUAUGAUGGGCUCCUUUUCUACCACAGUUUAUAUGGUGUUUGGUAAGACUGUUCUAUCGGUUCGUGUUCUUUUGAUGCGCCGACGGGAGAAGAAUGAAGAAGCAACAGCCAGCCAGCAACAGCAGGCCGGCUCCUCACACGGAAAACUCGGCGAUGAACUAAAGAAGCAACCAGUGCAGCCGGACGGAGGAAGAAUGGAGACAGGAGUCACAAUGGCGCCGCUGAAGGAGGGGAGGGAGAAGUCAACUGUUCGCCGGAAAACCCAGCACGGCUCCGCCAUCUCGCCUUGCUGCAACGCCUAG